GGCUGCGGGUUAUUAUGACGUAAUAUAAAUCCUCCGAUGACUGUAUCGUCGCAUUAUUUUGACGUCACCAGCGGAGGGAUAGAGGCUUUAGUGGAGACGAGGGAUACCAAGACAGUGAGAAAUAGCCACGGAGAAGUGGGGGCUACGUGGAAAGGCUUCGCACACGCUGCAGUUCACGGAGGCAAAUGAAAAAUAAACAAUAAAACAGUUCCAGCGAUCAAACGACCGAGAGAGGAGCUCAAUAGAUAGUUAUUCUACAGGGGAAUAUAAAAAUGUCGUCUCCAAGUCCGGGUAAAAGACGAAUGGACACCGACGUGGUGAAACUUAUUGAAAGCAAACAUGAAGUCACAAUCCUUAGUGGGCUCAAUGAAUUCGUAGUGAAGUUUUAUGGACCACAAGGAACUCCUUAUGAGGGGGGUGUGUGGAAGGUGCGAGUAGAUCUACCAGACAAAUACCCCUUCAAAUCUCCAUCUAUAGGAUUCAUGAAUAAAAUUUUCCAUCCCAACAUUGAUGAAGCAUCAGGAACCGUGUGUCUAGAUGUCAUCAACCAGACAUGGACAGCCCUGUACGAUCUUACCAAUAUCUUUGAGUCGUUCCUGCCACAGUUGUUGGCAUACCCUAAUCCAAUCGAUCCCCUGAAUGGGGACGCAGCUGCUAUGUACCUCCACCGACCAGAGGAGUACAAACAGAAAAUCAAAGAAUACAUCCAGAAAUAUGCAACAGAGGAGGCACUGAAGGAACAGGAGGAGGGCGCAGGGGACUCCUCAUCUGAGAGCUCCAUGUCAGAUUUUUCGGAAGAUGAGGCACAGGACAUGGAAUUGUAGUAAAAUGGGGCUCCCUUAGACAAGAGACUAUAUGAUUACCUAACCAUGACAAGCAGACUAUGAUAUUCAUAUUUAAACAAGGCAAUUUUUUAUGACUAAAACAAGGAUUUUUAUGGAUAUGGCGUUGGUGUGUAACUCACCCUGUAGGUGUUCCUCAUUUCUCAUUGCUCCGGCCGAGGCUCAUCUGCGUUCCUGCAUUCCGCUGUGGUAGUGCCUCGUUGCCCGACUGCAUGCUGUUCGCUGUCUUCAAGUCCACCCUAACUCACCGGCGGCUGAACUCUAGAGCAAGACGGGGACCUCUGGUUGGGGAGGCCGCGGGCAAUGCUAGAGCCUCUCAGUGACCAAUAUGCGGAGGAGAAAAAAAUACAUCAGGGCUGUGACGUUGUGAAGUUCUCUUCAGUUAAACUCUCGCUUUUAUUAGAAAAUGUAUUUUUUAUUUGGAAAUAUUCAAAUUUGAUUGGAUAUAGAGCCAGAACAUUGUGUGACAGGUUCAUUGCUUUUUAGUUUCUUGUACUCUGCUGUAAUUAGCAGUUUUGGAAGUUUUUUUUUUUGUUUUUUUUUUUUUUUUUUCUCCCCCUCUCCCUCUCACACGUCAUUGGUAUUUAAUUCCUAAAGAUGGGAAUGCAGCUUCAAACAGUUUAAUGACCAUCUUUUUUCGCCUUUGGAUCAUAUUGAAAGCUGCCAUGCCACGAUUCUUUGUUUGGACGAUCCAUUUCUGUUGUUUGAGCCUUACCAAUGCCUUGCGAUUAACAAAAUGUUAAAGAAGCGAUCGUUGGCCUCCACAUUUCUGAAUCUCUAUGGCCAGUAAGUUCAUCUGCUGAUUGUGACAACUUUCUUGCCCAGAGUGUGUACAAGGUUUUCUUCCAGUAGGUGGUAGUUUGAGCGUGCUGCCGAGAUGCAAAUUGCCACUUGCUUUGCCAACUGCUAUGUUGAAUAGCACUUCACUGUGCACUGCCUCCCUUCAGUUGCGUCUGUAGGAAGCUGGGCCUGUGUCUCUGAGACCAUCUUUAGCGAACGGAACUUGCACGUCCUGUCAUUUUGCCGGCCUCGAGCACUUGCACGGUGAUGCUGGGAAAAAACUGUGCCGCUGGGACCCACAUGGCAGGGCCAUGGCCGUGGUUUUGCUGCGCAGCUGGACGUGCCCGUUUCAGUCUACGCAGUCAGCUCUGGGAGCAGUUGAUGGGCGGCUUCUUUCUGUCUGUUGGAGACCUGAAGAUGGGCACUUCUAGGGAGGCUCACAGGGCAAGGUGCUGUCUGUAAAGCACAGGGACAUUUAAAUAUUUCUGUUCCAUCAGUGAGUGGAAUUUGGUCUGCCGGAGCGUGUACUCACCCAACGCACCUCCAACUGCCAAACCUCAUUCUGUUUAUCGCCUCGUUUUUUUUUUGGAAAACCUGUGCUUUCUCUCUCCUGUCUCUUAACAUCCUUUUGUACUUUGUGGCAUGAUACAGAAGUGAAGUUGUGUAGGGCUUUCAGCUAGUAUACUAUUAAAAAGAAACUUCAGCUAUUGUGGCUUCUGUUUGAAGGCUAGAGUAACAUGUGUAAAGCGUAGUGGGUUACUUGGUUACUCUUCACUAGAAGGUGGUAACUGCAGGGGAACUUUCAGGUCUUUGUUAAUGUGAUUAAACUUAUCAACUUGCCUAUCGCUUGUGCUAAACUAUAUAUAGGUGUUUGACUUAUGUAGGGAUAGUUAGUUUGCUGGGUGGUGAAUUCAAAUAAAGUCUGGUUUUAUUACUCACAGAAAUGGCUUGUUUGAAGUAAUGUCCUGUAUGGGAAAAUUUAUAAAUUAGAUUAUUUUCUUUUGGUUUCAAAAGAAGCCCAAAGAUGUUUAUACCCCUGCUCACCCCUUUAUGCAAAUUCAGAAGAUGUUUACAGGUCUGUGGAUGUUUGACAUCCCUCGAGGAUUUUGUUUGUUUUGUUGUGGGACACAGAUUGACUCAAUUUCACCUUGAAAAUGAGCUGCACAAAUCUGUCAGUUUUCUUAUGCAGAAGUUAAAACCUGUAGAAUGCAUUCGAUACCACGUUGGAAUAAAACCUUAACUGUUUCCCUCCUGUUCUCUCUAGUUCUGCUAUGGGUCUCUACAAUAAAGGCACUAAGAUCUCCGUUGGGUCUUGAUGAGAAUUUGGGUCAUCUUUUUUGAAAUAUGUCCAACGGAGAAACUGAUUCUGGACACCAGGGAAGCGUUAAAAUAUUUGGCUGACCGUCAGACCAUUGACUAUCCGGCUUGACCGUCAGCGACUGCUUGUUUUUUCUCCCUGGUUGGCCAUCUUUAUUUAUGGUAUAACAUGGCUUUUUCAAAAUCAUAUUUAUGGGCUAUUGUUUCAGUCCAGGGCUUGUUGUUCAUCUGCCUUGUACCAUUUCAGAAGUCUAAACCUGUUAUUUAUUUGAAGUCCGUCAGUGGUUUUUAUAUUUUUACUUCCAGUGUAUGCAGUGUAGUGUUACAGUGAUCUGAGAAAGAAAACAAAUGUGAGGAGGCUCUACUCGUGGGAGCUGUGGACCAGUGUGACGUCAGUCUCGAGCUCAGAGCUACGUCACCAGUGUCCCGCAGAAGAGCCUUUUCUCCAGCUGCUUUCUCUCUGUACGCUAAUAGGAGCAGCGCAGCGCAUCCCGUCAGUGUUACUGGACAAUCUCUACAUCGCCGCCUUUCUCGCCCACAGGAAAAGUUGUCCUAAAGCCCUAAUUUAAUUUUAAGUUAAGGUGUUAACCAAGAAAUCUAAACUAAAGGCGCUCCACGUGCGAAUUAAAACGAAUGAAAUGACGUCACUGGCUGUUCCGGGCUGCUUCUUGUCCGUGUGUCGACGGGGACUGGACCGUGUGCGAACGGCGGCCCUCCCGCGCACGUCCCGAAGCGGACCGCAAAGAGGCCUGUGGCGGCUCGCGCGGGCCACGCGCUCGGCGGAAGCACGUUCUCGGUCGCGCGCGCUCCGCGGCCACAUCGGCGGCGCGGAACGGUCUAUCAUCGUAGCAGCUGUGUAUCCGGUGCCGGGUGUGUAAUACUUGAAAAGGGGGUGUUUAAGUCCGUUCCGAGUCUUUCUAGACAGUUGCAGCCACUCUUUAUCCCUCUUCAGUGUCUCUCCCCCCCCUUUCGCUUUACUUUGCAUUGUGAGUUUUUAGUCAUGUUUUUGUCGCAACUGACACAUGCCCCUUCUAGGAUUAUAACCUCUCAAAUAGUUGUGUAUAAAUAAACUGUAAUAACUUCUUUUUCAAUAAAAAAAAAAACAUUAAAUGUGUAUGAAUCUUGAGCUGAGACGUGUUUGUUAAGUUUCAUUGGAAAUUCUUGGCUAACUUGGUUUAUAUUUUUAAAUAUUUGACAAAUUUUCCCGCUCGGAACAGGUAUUUCUUUUUCGCUCUGACACACUAACCAUGAAAAAAAUAAAAGCUUCCCAUGGCA